AUGGAGGGUGGGAGACCCUCAAUGCCGUGGGCUUUGGGCAACAAUACCAACAAAGGAAUGAUCCCUUUUCUAACACCUACAAUCCCGGGGGGCAUGCAGACUAGGGACAAGAAGGUGGACGAGUUGGAGAAGCAAGUGGGGCAAAUUGCCGAGUUUAUGGGACAGUUUCGAGAGACCAAGGAAGACUCCCUAGUUGAAGCAAUCCAAGAAGGAGGAGAAACGAGAAAGACAUUUUGGGAGACGUUUCGGAAAGUGCAAGAUUAUCUUGAUAUGUUGGAAGACGAUCCCCUUGAAACAACGAUUGCACAAGGACUUGGCAUGAAGCCCAAUCUGGCCGUACCUAAGGAGGAGCAUGCUGAGCUUGUGGCUGCCUUGGAAUCAUUGCCCCAACAUCGUGUUCAAGUUGUCCCGAAGAAGUCCGGAGUUACUGUGGUGAAGAAUGCCGAGGAUGAGCUUGUGGCCAACCCGUAUUCAAACAGUGAUUUGUUGCAGGGAACCCAAGUACAUGUUGAAACCAUUGACGAGAAGCCCCCCAAAGCCACCUUCAGUUCUCCAUUGUGCACUCUCAAGUCCAUUUGCUGUGAGAUGUCAUGCAAGCCACCAGGUGAAGAAAUUGCCCACAAAUCAACCUUGGCAAUACUCAACAAGCUCUCAACUUAUUCAUGGGAAGCCAAGGCAGUGCUGGCCCUAGCAGCAUUUGCUUUGGAAUAUGGAGAGUUCUGGCUCCUUGCCCAAACUCAACAAAGUGACCUACUUGCCAAGUCCGUCGCAAUCCUCAAGAGAGUGCCGGUCCUUCUCAAGCCCGUGGAUCUCCAAAAGCGCAGGCAAGCUGUUGUUGAGCUCAACGUCCUGAUCAAGACCACAUUGCAAGUGAUUGAGUGCAUCUUUGAGCUUGAGAAGAUUUCUGCUUAUGAUCCAAAGGAUGUGCCAGCAUUGGCAAUUGCAAUGGAUCACAUACCGGUCGAUGUCUAUUGGUCUAUCAUAACUAUUUUUUCUUGUGCAACUAAGAUCACCCUUCUAACCAGUGAUGAAGAGAAGCCAUAUGAUUUGUCCCAAUUUGCUCAAAAAAUCCACUAUAUCCUCAACAAGCUUAAGAUACAAUUGUUAAUCUGCAAAAAACAGAUAGUGGAGGCAGAAACCUACCGGAAGCUGAGGAAACUUUUUCAGACCCCUGCCGAAGUUAUGGAGGUUUUCAAGGCCUUGAUUUUUACUAAGGAUGCCGUGCAGCCAAUUAUUGAUGGUUCUACUAACAAAACGGUUAGCAUUGAUGUGCUGAGGAGGAAGUAUGUGCUUUUGUUCAUUUCCACCCUUGACAUUUCUGAUGAUGACAUUUCGAUUAUCAAACCAGUUUAUGAGGGGACAAAGAAAGACGAUAAGUAUAAGAUUGUGUGGAUCCCUAUUGUGGAGCAAUGGACUGAUGACCUACGAAAGAAGUUCGAGGUCUUGAUGGUCAAGAUGCCAUGGUACACUGUGCGGUAUUUUGCGCCUGUAGCCGGCAUCAGAUUCAUCAAGGAGGAGUGGCACUUCAAGGGCAAGCCCGCUGUGGUAGUGAUGAACCCGCAAGGCAAGGUGGAAAAUACGAAUGCUCUCCACUUGAUUCGGAUUCAUGGAAUGAAGGCAUUUCCUUUUCAUAAGGGAAUAGAAGAUACUAUCACAAAUGACAAAGAAUGGAUCACUCCCAUUGUGAAUGAUAUUCACCCAACCAUACAGACCUGGAUCAACGAGGAGAAGUACAUUUUCUUCUAUGGAGGCAAAGACAAUGACUGGAUCCAGCAGUUCACAAAGAAAGCAACUACCAUUGCCAAUGACCCCUUCAUCAAGGAAUUGAAGAUCAAUAUUGAGCUAUUUUGUGUUGGCAAGAGCCCGAAAGGCGGAGAAGACCUUGGAAUUCUCGGGAGAUUUUGGAAUGGAAUUGAGAGCUUGUUCUUCACCAAAGUCAACAAGCAAACUGACACUGUGACCAAAGAAGUCCAGAAGCUGCUUUCCUACAAAAAUGAGGGUGGAUGGGCUGUGCUUACUAAAGGGUCUACUGUGGUGGUGAGUGGCCAUGGCUUCACAAUCUUGAAGGUCCUCGACGACUUCGACACAUGGAAGAACUUCAUAAAGGAGAAGGGCUUUGAAUUCUCGUUCAAAGCAUACUACGAGAAGGUGAUUCAGACUAUGAGGCACUGCUGCCGCCUUGACAUCCCGAGCGUUGCUGGAAAGGUCCCGGAGACCAUGAAAUGCCCAGAGUGUCCUCGCACCAUGGAGACAUUCGUGAGUUACAAGUGCUGCCACACUGAUUCUCCCAUCAACGCGCAUCAUUGAAGGGUUGGCUAGUUUUGAAUCUAUGUGGUCAUCUUAUGACUAUAGUACGAGGUUAUGAACUUAUGCGUUGUGUUUGUGUGGUAAGUAGUGUCGUCCCUGGGACUUGAAUAAUGGGCAUUUUCAUUACUGUGUAAUCUGAUGAUGCCUACCAAUCUGAGUGGUGAGUGUCGUGGGAUGUGUACGUGUGUCUUAUGAUGCAAUGUUAUGUUUUAAGUUUUAUAUUUCUAUAGCACUUUUUUCCCUCGA